UCUGUCUGGCGUCUUCUGCAGAACUGCAAUGACGAGAUAAGCCUUAUCUUUUCGGGGUUUUGUUCUUUUUUGCUUUUGUAAUCUCACGCUUUCAUCCACAACUCUCAGAGACUCUUCGGCUGGAAGAGCUGCUGAAGGCUCCCGCUGCCUCCCAGGUUUUCCCAGAAAGAUAAUGGAUGAGCGUUGCCACUAGCGCUUAAUGAAGACUCAGAAGGUGGGAAAAUGGAAGGUUCUGCUGAAUGUUCUCUAAACACGGCCCACUCAGAUGUGGGCGACCCCGGGACAGGAGAAUCACAACUCCCUGGGAAAGAGGAAAAUGCAUUGGCGGUUGUGUCCACCUCCCAGGAGCCUUGUGCGGCGGGACUAAGCAAAGGGGGCCUGCUGGAGGCACCCACACCCCCGGUGGCCCCUCCUUCCCCCACUGAUCCCCCAGGGGGCGUGGCUUUGAAAAUGGCCACCACUGUUCUCCACCCAGUGUGCCUGGGGGACAAUCCGCUGAUGCUGCCCAUACACCUCCAGAUGGCCGCGGCCGCCGGGCCCCAGCUGGGCCAGAUGGGGGCGGCGCCGUACUUGCUGUCGGGCACCAACCCGGUUUCCCUGCCUCUGGUUCUGGAUCAACAGGUCGUCCAGCAUGUGAGUCCUGCUGUGAUUCCCCAGAACAACAUCCUGUAUCAGAAUCCAUUGUCCUUCAGUUUGCCCGCUUCCCUGGACCAGAAGUCCACCGGCCCGCAGCAGGAUCCCAACCUGCUUGCCCUGCUCCAGAAUCCGGCUUUUGCUGGCAUCCUGCAGGACCUUUUCCCUUCUCAAACCCCUCCAUCUACCUGCCACUCACCCGGCUCCCCCUUCUUCCCACUCCCUCCCCUCACUCCGCCUUACUCCUCCCCUCUGGCCCCUUUGGUCCCCCCUGCUACCCUUCUAGUUCCUUACCCUGUCAUCAUUCCUCUGCCGGUCCCGCUGCCUGUGCCACUGCCCAUCCCUGUUCCCAUUCCUCAGAGCUCAGUGGACUCCAAGACCAACCUGCCCAAAUCUGUUUGCACAGAAAGUAAAAGCACUCAGACGCCAAGAGACUUCAACCCCCCUCCCUCAACCAGCACGUCCCCACAGGUCCUGGACCUGUCCAUGCGAGCCUGUCCUAUAGAACCCAAACAGGAAUACCUCAGCCCACAGCAGCAAGACAGCGUGCUGGACUUGUCAGUGCCUGCUGGCAGGAAACAAUGCGUCCGCUCACGAACCCCUGCCAGUCUGGACUCUAAGCUGCUGGGGGGUCUGGCCUCACUGGAGUUCAGCCGGCAGCACAAGUGGAUGGUGGACAGCGGUGCAGGGGGAUCCACUUCUCUGGGCCCCGGGGCAGGCAACCUGGAGAUUGUCAGCGCCUCCCAGACCGCCAAGGUCAUCGUCUCAGUGAAGGACGCCAUUCCAGCCAUCCUCUGUGGCAAGAUCAAAAGCCUCUCCAGCUCGUCCACUAAGAACUUCUCCAUGAAGCGAGACCAGCAGGGGGCACCGCUGCAACAGCUCUUUGGUGUGCCGCCGGGACCCCAGGGGGAGGUGCAGGACACCGGCGAACACCUGAAGAAGACCUCGAAGAACCGAGCCAUCAAGCUGAAGAAGGUGAGUUCACAGGAGAUCCAUUUCCUGCCUAUCAAGAAGCAGAGACUGGCGGCACUCUUUCCCAGGAAGUGAAUGCCAGCCCCCACCCUCCUCGGGGUGUGUUGGCUUGCUUUUACUCAGUGAUGCUUUUAUUACUUGGAAGACUUUUAUACACAAACUCCAAAAAGUCAAGGUAGGACAUUGCAUUCUUUUCUUCCAUUAUGUGUGUGUGUGUGUGUGUGUGUUAGUUUACCUUCUCCCGUGCACUUUGUGGUAGUUAGCAUAAGAAAAAUCAAGAAAAAAGGUGACAGGGUUGUUUGCUGCCUGUUGAGAUGAUGAUGAUGAUGAUUUGAAGAAAUGCAACAAACGUGAAGAUGUAUUUAUUAUUGUUAUGAUUCUCAUAUGUUUGCAACGCUUUCAUUGUAACACCACUAAUUUAUUAUUGUGUUGUCAAAAUGCUUAUUUAUACACUAAAUGUAUCUUUUCUUAAACCUC